AUGGCACGGAGAGAAGGCCUCGACAAGCGCGAGGAUACCACCAACUACCACUCCCUCGGCACGGUAUGCACACUGCGUGCAGCGUUGGCCGUUCCGGUGCCACUGCACCUGGAGAUCCAGAUUGAGGAGGAGAAGGUGCAUCAGACACAUUGGCAAAAUACGGAGGAGAUGCUGGAAGGCAAUGUUUUCAGUGCCAAGACGCUGAGUCCAACCGCCGCGGCCGCGGCCACGGUCCGGGCCUUGGUGGUCUCAAUUCUCUCCCACGGCUUCACCCACGAAGUGGGCGCCGAAGGCGAAGCCUUGCAGAGCCAAAGUGGGCGACGCCUUAGGGCCAUGGCGGCGCAGCCAGCAGGAGGCAGAGGAGGACGAGCAGCGGCUGCUGGCCUCAGCCGACGCGGAGGCGCUCGCGCAGCAGUUGGCGGCCACGGCACCGGUGGGCGCCAAGGGAGGCCUGGACUGCCGCUUCGAGCGCUACGGCCGGAUCUUCCUGCUUUGCGCGGAGGGCUCCGACGGCGAGGUCACCCGCGGGGUGCUGCGGACCUUCCACCAGAUCAACGCAGCGCUGCUGGGCCUCGGCCCGGAGGAGACGGUGAGUUCAAGCUGCGGGAGCUGUCACAGGAGGAGCAGGAGGAUCCGCACCUAGAUCUGCUGUCGGGCUUCUGCGUCUUAGAUGGCCGCUCGCGCUUCUUUGUGAUCGAAGGCCUAAGAGAAGGUCACUCCUUCCAAGAGCUUCUGUCGGUUAUUCCAAGGGGCCCCGAUGCUCCGAAGCUGCUGCACAACAGCGACAUUGGCUUUGGAGAGAGGCUCUACGCGAGCUUCGGGCCCCUGCUGAAGCAGGUGAAAGUGAGGGGCACUUUGGAGAAGCUCUCAUGCAGGUCGUCGCUGUAUUCCUGGAACAAGUCUGUUUCGGAGGAGGAUGCCCGCGCCAACGAAGUGCCCAAGCAGCUCAUGGCCCUCAAGGGCUUGGAGCGAUUGCGGGCCGCGCGGGAGAACACACACUUCCCGAAGGCGCCGGAGAUCCGGCAGCUGCAGUUGCUGUAUGGCGCAUACAUCAGCGAUCAAGAGCUGGAGGGCUAUCCGGCACAGGAGGCCAUUAAGGUGAAGCCUAAGAAGAGCGAGAAGGACGCCAAAGGCGAGAAGCAACUGACCACGCGGCUGGACCACACUGCCACGCAGAAGGGCGUGCUGGAAGAGGCGCUGCUCGGCGGCCAAACGAUCGGCGGCCAAACCAUUGGACGCCAAGGCACUAUGCGCAAGGCGACGCUGAAGAUGCCAUUGAAUCAAACGAACGCGGGCUAUGAGCAGACCACCGACCUGCGGAAGUCCGCGUCCUGCCAGAACUUCUUGAAGACCAACAAGGAGCUGGUCCGUGUGCAGUCAGAUGCGAAUGUUCGGCUGCACGACUUGCUUGGCAAGAAGCGGGAGCGGGAGACGCCCUUCCUGGAGGGAGAGGUCUACCUCUACUCCUCGCAGAAGCUGAACAGCGCGGAACUUCAGAAGGACUGGAUGCGGAAGCACAUGGAGGGCCACGAGUCGGAGAAGGUAUGGAGCUACAAUCCCACGUACAUGUCCCAGAACUUCGAGUUCGCCGGCGCGGCGGAUCCCGGCGUGCCAAAGACCCUCCCAGCCCGGCCCAAUGACAGCUACGCGCGCCUUCCACAUGACGACCGCAAGGUCUUCCGCGGCGUCCAGGCCCGGCCCCAGGAGGCCUACCGCAAGCCGCCCAGAGACCUGGAUCCCUCGCGCUGCGAGUUGCUGAAUGAGCCUUUCGAAGAGGGCGAGUGGUUCCGAAUCGAUUUGGGUGAAGAGAGGGCCAAGCCUUUGUCGGUGGAGCACACCUUUGAGCUGCACCAGGUGCCCCACCACCGGCGCUACACGGACACGCCCUUCGAUGCACAGCACAUGCUGAAGGGCGAGCAGCACGACUUUGGGCCUAGGUCGGGAUUUGAGAGCGUGCACUACCACGGGCGCCGGCCGGAUGAAGACCGACAGGAACAGUACCUCGAGCACAACAUCAAGGAGAUGGAGGCCGCCAAGUCCAAGAUCCGCUUCCACCACGAGAUGCGCACGUUUUCCCAAGGAAUUUCUCGCACUGGUGUUACGGAUUUGGAUCGUAGUGAGCUGAUGCUCAAGGACAAGGCCACGCUUCCGCUGCGCGGGCGCUUGGACGCCCGGUUUCCGGAGUCGAUGCACACCAUGGAGCCCUACCAUGAGCUGGGCAACCCCACCCUGGAGUGGCACGCACGCCUGAGAGAGAACGACUCUUCCGCGCCGGUAGAUGUGAACACGGGGGCCCACAUCAAGCGAGACCCGGAAGCGGGCAGCGGCCUGAAGCGCUCCUGCAUGAGCGGCAACUUGACGCGGGCGCCCUGGCGCCAUGAGGGCACCAUCCCUUCCCUGGCGACUGCUCAGGCCAAGAAUAAGGCCUCCUACGUGAGCAAGCACGACUUCAACCUCCCAAAGCCACCGCAGUCGCGCUUUUGCGAGGACCAGCUCUGGAAGAGCGCGUCUCGCACUGGCAUCAGCCAGAAGGAGCGCAGCGACACCCUGACGUACAAGCGGCCCCACCACUACGGGGUGCACUUGUGA